UCUCCCCCUCCAGUCCCGCAGCACGGACUCAUUUCUCCACACACCAGCUCUGAGUGGAUGCUCAGCAGGGGUGUUUUGAGAUAUUAGCGCGCUGAGUUGGGGGGAGCGGGGUUAUCGGCCACCUCCACCAUUCCCCCCACCCCACCGUUCUAAAGAGUGUGCAGUCAGGAGAAUGGGCAAAUCGGAAAGCUAAUGGACAUCAUGGAGAAAUCAAGCAAACCUGGCAAACAUCGUUGGACGGUGGCAGAGAUCGGUCUGUCUGUGCUCCUGCUGCUGCUCAGCUGUGCCUUGGCCGGUCUCGUGGUCCUCUACACGUCUGUCCUGAAAGAACAAUCUCACAGGUCGAGCCUGACGCGGAGCUCGACAGGCGUCGGAGAUCAGCUGUUUCGCUCCAAUCUGGACAAUGUGUGCACGACUGCAGACUGUGUUACAGCAGCGUCCCGCCUCCUGCAGAACAUGGAUCCAUCCGUGAAGCCUUGUGAUAACUUCUACCAGUACGCCUGUGGGGGCUGGCUGGAGCGCCACGUCAUCCCGGAGACCAGCUCGCGCCACAGCGUCUUUGACAUUCUGAGGGACAAGCUGGAGAUUGUGCUCAAAGGUGUUCUCGAGACUGAGAAUGAAGAAGACAGAGAUGCCAUCAAGAAGGCCAAAAUUCUCUACAGCUCCUGCAUGAACGAGAGCCUCAUAGAGCAGCGAGACUCCCAGCCCCUCCUGAAGCUCAUAGAUGGUAUUGGAAACUGGCCAGUGGCAUCUGAUGACUGGAACGCCACCACUGAAGAAGCAUGGAGCCUUGAGGACACUCUGGCUACACUGACAGCUCAUUAUCACAAGAAGGUCCUGCUGGACAUGUACGUGGGGACCGACGACCGGGACUCUCGGCGCCAUAUUGUUUACAUUGAUCAGCCAGGACUUGGGAUGCCAUCGAGAGAUUAUUACUUUAACGAUGGGAACUACAAAAAGGUUCGAGAAGCCUACCUGAACUUCAUGGUCUCUUUCGCCAAAAUAACCCGUGAGGACAGAAACUUGACGCAGGAGGACGACCGUGUGUGGGAGGAAAUGAUGCAUGUGUUGGACCUGGAGACAGACAUCGCCAACGCCACAUCACCGGCUGAGGAGAGACAGGACGUCACGGUUCUUUACAACAAAAUGACGCUUAAUGAGCUGCAUGCCACAUUCAGCUUCAACGGUUUUAAUUGGACCCGGUUUGUUCACGGGGUUCUAUCCAGCGUAUCCCUUAAUGUGGAGCUGGAAGAGGAAGUAGUGGUGUCCGGCUCGCCCUACCUUGACAAGAUGAAUGAAGUCCUCUCCAGACACAGUGUCAGAACUAUGCAGAACUACCUCACCUGGCAGCUCGUCAUUGACAGAGUGAACAGCUUGAGUCGCCGCUUCAAAGAUGCAAGGGCUCGUUACAGAAAGACCCUGUACGGGACCACAGUGGAGGACGCUGGGUGGCGGGAAUGUGUCCGUUACGUCCAGAGCAGCAUGGAGAAUGCAGUUGGAGCUCUUUAUGUGCGGGAGACCUUUGCCGGAGAAAGCAAACGGAUGGUCAGUGACCUUAUCAGGAAGAUCCAGACAGCAUAUGUAGAAACCCUGGAGGAGCUAAACUGGAUGGACGUGCCCUCCAAGGAGAAAGCGAGAGAAAAGGCCAUGUCCAUCAAGGAGCAUAUUGGCUAUCCAGAUCACAUUCUACAAAAGAGUAACCACAAGCUGGACCAAGAGUAUGCUCAUUUAAAUUUCAGCGAGGAACACUACUUUGAGAAUGUCCUAGAGAACCUUAAGUCCGAAGCCCACAAGAGUCUGAAGAAGCUGAGAGAGCCAGUGGAUCCCAACUUGUGGAUCAUCGGUGCUGCUAUGGUGAAUGCUUUUUACUCUCCCAAUAGAAACCAGAUUGUGUUUCCAGCAGGUAUUCUGCAGCCACCUUUCUUCAGUAAACAUCAGCAGCAGGCUCUGAAUUUUGGUGGAAUCGGAAUGGUAAUCGGCCACGAGAUCACACAUGGAUUUGAUGACAAUGGGCGCAAUUUCGACAAGGACGGGAACAUGCUGAACUGGUGGAGCAAUUACUCUGCAGAGCACUUUAAGGAGCAGUCACAGUGCAUGGUGCAACAGUACGGAAAAUUCAACUGGAAGCUAGCGGGUGGGCAAAAUGUGAGUGGAAUCAGCACUUUAGGCGAGAACAUUGCUGACAACGGAGGGGUUCGUCAAGCCUUUAAGGCUUAUCUUAAGUGGGUGGAGAAAGAGGGGGAGGAGCCUCGCCUGCCCGGUCUGGACAUGGACCACAAACAGCUUUUCUUUCUUAACUUUGCGCAAGUCUGGUGUGGUGCUUAUCGACCCGAAUACGCCAGCCAAUCCAUUAAGACUGACUCCCACAGCCCUUUAGAAUACAGGGUUCUCGGUUCGCUUCAAAAUUUUGAGGCUUUCUCCGAAGCCUUCCAGUGCAAAAAAGGCAGUCCUAUGAACCCUGAGCAGAAGUGCCGUGUCUGGUAGAACAUUUGACGCUUUCUUUUGUCGUAUUUCCUGUGACGGCACGCUGAAAGGACGCUCGGUAGGAAGACGGCCCCUGCCUGGGACUUGUUUAUUUGGAGUGACAGCGACUGGCUGUUGUAUUUAGCAACAGGUGAUAUCCUGGAUUCCUUUCAGGACUUUGAAAGAAACUCUGGCAUAUUACGAGUUGGCUCAUGAACUGUUUGCUUCAGGAAUGUUCCUUACAAAUGUCUAGUGCAGAUCUUUGUGAUUUUCGUGUGAAUGUUUUCAUUCGGCACUGCGCGGAAUGAACCACGGCCAGCGCUUGUAGGACUAAUGAAAACGUGGUUGGCAAUGGGAGAAUUAGUUCCGCUCUGUGACUUUGUCCAUUGACUGUUACGUGCAGCAAAUUACCUGCGAGCCUUAAGACUGUUCAAUUUUUAAAAUUAACAUUUAGAGCGAGCUGCAGUUUUUAACAAAGACUCAGCAAAUACCGUAUGUAAAGUUUGGCUUUUGCAAGUACUCACAUAUAUUUACAGCACAAGUAUGCUAACUUGGAGUAAAAUGCGUAACAUAACUUAAGAAAAGCUUUCUGACUUGCAGAUUGUUACGAUUUUGAUUAUGAAAACCAAGGUAAUAUUUCAAUUAUAAUUGUCAUGUAUGUGCAAAAAUACGUAUACCUUUUGCAAUGUUGGUAAUACAGUGAAGCUCCAUUCUGGUCCUUGAAAUUGUUCUAAAAACAAAACAAAGAGAAUUCGUUUUUUCCAGAGUCAUCUUGUUACCAUCAUAAAACCUUUACUAACUAAACACAUUUUUUAAACCUUUUUUUUACUUAACCAAUAUAUAAUCAUCAAUGUAUGAUACAACAAAAAUAAAAUCAAAAGUACUCACCCUUACAGGCAGGUAAUGGGGACAGAACAGAGAAAUAUCAUUCAUGGAACCUUUUGGUUGAAGUCUCACAAUUUUACAAAUUGUACAAAACUUGCCAUGUUUCUCUUUGGCUUAUUUCACUAUUUCCUGUCAAUAAAGUCAAAUAAAACAUAAGGGAAAAAAAAGUAUGACCUGCGCAACAUUGUUUUUUUUCAGGAUUCGGGAUAGGAUGUUUACGAUGUUAAUUUUGAGGGUGUACGAGAGGUAUAUCGGGCGUUUUGGUAAAUAUUGGUAAACAAAUCAAUUGUAAUAAUAACACAAAGUUUCUUUAGUUUUUUUCCUGAACCAGAGCAAAAACUUUUUCUUAAUCAAACAAGCCGAGGCCCCAAAAAAACACAGUUAAUGCUGGACUUGAUGCCUCUAGGGCACAAGCAAAUUACACGGUAACGUUCGAACGAAACAGGCAGCGAAGGCAGAUGAAGUUCACAUUGAUGAUUACUAAUGGAGAUGAAAGGACGCUGAGGCCAUGUGACCGUCAAGUACAAGACGGCGAGAGCGCAAGCGAGAAUGGGGCUCGGACUGUUAUUUUCUACCUUUAUUACAACGUAAUGGCAGUGGAGAAUCAAAGCAGGGGGGGACGGUGGGUGGGGUGGGGAAUUAAUGCUGCUUCUGUGCUGCAGAGAGCUUUAAAAAAACACAUUCAGGAUGUGUUGCGAGCAGAACUGAAUGUGUUAUUGUAUACUUUAGAACCCAAUGUGUUAUCUGUGCUUGAUGUUCUAUACAGCAGUAUUGACUUAUAGAUACAUCAGGUCACAUCCUCAUGGUGAAACGGUCUUGUUGUUGUUGUUAUUACCAGCCGAGUACUUUUUUGUUGUUGCUAUAAACAUAUAAAUAUAUCAAACAUAUGUGAAAUGAAUUUAUUUAUCUAUUUAUGAUAUUGCAUUGUUGCUUUUCAGGAUCUAAAGAUGUAUAGUAAAAAAGGUACAUACACAGUAUGUUUUAUGGAAUGUUCCUGCAGGAAUGUUAAUUUAUAUACCUAUUUUUGUGAUGCUGAACUGUAAUUAUUGCCAUUAAAGUCAAUGUGCUAAAAACAAAAAAAGGUUUGUCUCAUCAAAAUGUUUUCAUUUGAUUAAUGCGCAAUUUAUCUGUUUG